UCACUUUUUGCCAUUAGCCAUUCACAUGGUCUCAUCCAUACUCACACUGCCACACACCUGUUACUGAACAUAAUCACAAGAACAAGUUUAAUUCUUUCAUUUUCGCUCCCUUUCUUGCAUUUUCCUUCUCAGUCAAGAAAGAAAGGUUCUUGAGACAAACCAAGACAUAACCAUCUGUUUUCUUUCUUUAUCUCUCUCUUUUUUAUUCUUUAUGUGCUUAGAGAGUAAUAAUAAGAGAAGGGGAAGAAAAAGGGCAUUGCUUUUGAGGGGAGGGUCAUUAUUCUUGAGCUCAUGAUCAUGCCCAUGAAGAAGUUUGCAGUAUGCAAUAAUGUGUUCGUAGUUAUUUUGUUGUUGAGUUUAUGGGUUUGUUCUGUUAGUUCCUCUGUGUCAUAUGACUCAAAGGCUAUCACCAUUAAUGGCCAGAGAAGGAUCCUCAUUUCUGGAUCCAUUCACUACCCAAGAAGCUCCCCUGAGAUGUGGCCAGAUCUUAUACAGAAGGCAAAGGAAGGAGGAUUGGAUGUGAUUGAGACUUAUGUUUUUUGGAAUGGCCAUGAACCUUCACCUGGAAAAUAUUAUUUCGAGGGGAACUAUGAUUUGGUCAAGUUUAUCAAGCUGGUGAAGCAAGCAGGUCUUUAUGUUCAUCUCAGGAUUGGACCUUAUGUCUGUGCUGAGUGGAACUUUGGGGGUUUCCCUGUUUGGCUCAAGUACAUUCCAGGCAUCACAUUUAGAACAGAUAAUGGCCCUUUCAAGUUCCAAAUGCAAAAAUUCACCACAAAGAUUGUCAACAUGAUGAAAGCAGAAAGAUUAUUUGAGUCUCAAGGUGGUCCAAUAAUUUUAUCCCAGAUUGAGAAUGAAUAUGGACCCAUGGAAUAUGAACUUGGUGCAUCUGGUCAAGCUUACUCUAAAUGGGCAGCAAAGAUGGCAGUAGAUCUUGGCACUGGCGUCCCUUGGGUCAUGUGCAAGCAAGAUGAUGCCCCUGAUCCUGUUAUUAAUACCUGCAAUGGUUUCUAUUGCGACUAUUUCACUCCAAACAAGCCCUACAAGCCCAAGAUAUGGACUGAAGCCUGGACUGGCUGGUAUACAGAAUUUGGUAGUCCAGUUCCUUACAGACCAGCUGAAGACUUGGCUUUCUCAGUUGCAAGGUUUAUACAGAAGGGAGGAUCAUUCAUAAAUUACUAUAUGUAUCACGGGGGAACAAAUUUUGGGAGAACUGCUGGUGGUCCUUUCAUUGCCACAAGUUAUGAUUACGAUGCUCCAAUUGAUGAAUAUGGACUACUGAGGCAGCCUAAAUGGGGCCAUUUAAAGGAUUUGCAUAGAGCAAUUAAACUGUGUGAACCUGCUUUAGUAUCUGGGAAUCCAACUGUGAUGCCACUUGGAAAUUAUCAAGAGGCUCAUGUAUUUAAAUCAAAGACUGGAGCUUGUGCUGCAUUUCUUGCAAAUUACAAUCAAAGAUCAAUUUCAAAAGUGGCUUUUGGAAAUAUGCAUUACAACUUGCCUCCUUGGUCUAUCAGCAUUCUUCCAGACUGCAAGAACACUGUUUACAACACUGCAAGGAUUGGUGCACAAAGCGCACGAAUGAAGAUGACUCCUGUUCCUAUACAUGGAGGAUUGUCUUGGCAGGCAUAUAGUGAAGAGACAGAUUCAGAUAGUGACAGUACCUUCACAAUGGUUGGGCUGAAGGAGCAGAUAAAUACAACCAGAGAUGCCUCGGACUAUUUGUGGUACAUGACAGAUGUUAAUAUUGAUCCCAGGGAAGGCUUUCUGAAGAGCGGAAAGUAUCCUGUUCUUAACGUUCGAUCAGCUGGCCAUGCUCUGCAUGUUUUCAUCAAUGGUCAAUUGUCAGGAACUGCAUAUGGAAGUUUAGAAUUUCCAAAGUUGACAUUUAGUCAAGGUGUCAAGAUGAGAGCUGGUAUCAACAAAAUUUCUCUUCUUAGUAUUGCUGUUGGCCUCCCGAAUGUUGGUCCACACUUUGAGACAUGGAAUGCUGGUAUCCUUGGCCCAGUGACAUUGAAUGGCCUAAAUGAAGGAAGGAGAGACCUGUCACGGCAAAAGUGGUCCUACAAGAUUGGUCUGAAGGGAGAAGCAUUGAGCCUUCAUUCACUCAGUGGGAGUUCAUCAGUUGAGUGGGCUCAAGGGUCUAUUGUGUCCCAAAGACAGGCACUUAUGUGGUACAAAACCACAUUCAAUGCUCCAGCUGGAAAUUCUCCAGUGGCUUUAGAUAUGGGCAGCAUGAGUAAAGGUCAAGUAUGGAUAAAUGGACAGAGUGUUGGAAGAUACUGGCCUGCAUAUAAAGCAUCUGGUACUUGUGGUUUCUGUAAUUAUGCAGGAACAUUUAAUCAGAAUAAAUGCUUAAGUAAUUGUGGGGAGGCUUCACAGAGAUGGUACCACGUCCCUCGUUCAUGGCUGAACCCAACAGGGAACUUGUUGGUUGUGUUUGAAGAAUGGGGUGGAGACCCAAAUGGGAUUUCUCUGGUUAGAAGAGAAGUAGACAGUAUAUGUGCUGAUAUUUAUGAGUGGCAACCUACUUUAAUGAAUUACAUGAUGCAAGCUUCUGGUAAAGUUAACAAGCCUCUGAGGCCUAAAGCUCACUUGGCAUGUGGCCCUGGGCAGAAAAUCUCAUCAAUUAAGUUUGCUAGCUUUGGAACACCAGAAGGAGCUUGUGGAAGCUAUCAUGAAGGAAGCUGCCAUGCCUUUCACUCUUAUGAUGCUUUUAACAGGCUAUGCGUUGGGCAGAACUGGUGCUCAGUUACUGUAGCACCUGAAAUGUUUGGAGGAGAUCCGUGCCCAGGUGUCAUGAAGAAACUAGCCGUGGAGGCCAUUUGCAGCUGAUGAUGUACUAUAUGGAGAUAGCAAUUUCAAUAUAUUACUAUUUCAUUUUUCUUGGUAAAUUAAGCCAAAUAUCAUAUCCAACACCACCAGUUCCACCGCCAUUUAUUCGGCUUUUACAGGGUGAAGUUGUACAAUUAUACAGCACACCUUCUGGUCAAAAGCCCUCAGAUUGUGAAAAUGAUUGUUGCACAUAUAGUAAUUUGGCAGAAGCACGUCAAGGCGAAGUUAAUUUUGAUUCUAUGUGUAAAUUUCCUAGCUUUUGGUUGCCUGUAAUCUUAUGUUUGCAUGUAAAUUCCUGGCAAGCAAUUGCUUCAUUGCUUUGAUCUUGUAGGAAAGUUUAAUGGAGUUUUGAGGCAAUCAUCCAAGCUUAUCAUUUGUGUGACUGAGUUAUGAUAAAUAUUAUGAUAUGGGUAUUCACAUUUUCUGACU